GGCGAAUGCUCGGAAACUGUCUUUCACGUUUACUUUCCUCUCGUCGCUUUGUCUCCACAUUAUUUCCCUCUCCUCCGUCUGCACUGCAUUGUGCUCAUCAGAAGAUAAACCCAGGAAACAACACUCUGUAAGACUCAGAAGAGAGGAUGAAGUCCUGUUGGGUUUUUCUUGUCACCUGUGUGGCCCUGCUCUCACUGUGGUGUGGUGUGUGUCACGCCACGCCUCUGUUCUACAACGUAUCCAUGGACGGCAGUGGUGAUGAAGCGGAGCUGGAACUCCUUUUUCCAACCUCUUUCUCCACUCGAGCGCCUGUUCUCAUCACUGCUUCUACUGGAGCUCCCACCCUCACCAACACCAUCACCACCACCAUGAUCCGUCUGAAGGACUUCGUCUUGACCCGAGUAGUGGACUUCCUGCAGGAGAAUCUGCUCAUCAUCAUUGUUGUGACCUCUCUUCUCAUUGUCAUGGUCUUCAUCAUCUGCUGUGCCUCUGCAAUGAGUCAGAAGCGCAAGCUGGAGGCCUACAAACCCCUUCCUAAUUCACCCAGGAAGAAUGCGGCUGAUAAAACCGGCGGACGCAAGAAUUCAAGCGAGCUCCAGGACAGGCCGUUUGUCGCUGUCGACCACGUCAAGAGGGUCCAGACUCAGAGCAUGGCAUCCCCCAAGAACCUGCGCACGCCCUCCAAGGCUCUGGUGGGAGAGAAGGGGAGGGACGUCAGGUCGUCGCCUCGCCAAGAGGUCAGGAAGGUCAGGGAGGCAGAGGAGGUAGAAAAGCGGAGAGAGGAGCCCAAGCACAAAGAGCAGCAGCCCAAGCACAGGGAGGAGGUGCAGCCGAGCUCCAAUCAGCCAGCCUGCACCUGCCAUCUGAAAAAAGCCCACCACUAGGGCAUGUUCAGGGCUGAUUGAAUGGUAUAAUAGAUGAAAUGUUGCAACCAUGACAUAAAAACGAGAUCAGAAAGGUUGGUUCAAAUCAGAAAUACCACUUUACAACUGCUAUCAAGAAAUAUAUUUGUGAGGCUGGUGCCCUUCCAUGAAAAAACAUCCAUCUUUAAAUACUUUAAUCUAAGUGAAAUGAAAAUAUGAACUAUCUGAUGUAUUAUCUGAAGUAAAAAGCCAGCAGGAUAGAAGAUAUGUGACUAGAAAUUAAAAUACUCAAGUGGGUUGCUGCAUAAAUCGUAUGAAUAAAUGUUGCACCUCAAAGAGUUUGAUUCAUACAGAUAUUAAAAAGUCAACACUUGAUACCAGGUGAUGUGGGAAAUAAAUGGCUGAUUUCUUUGAAAGCAGCUGCCUUUGAAAUUCAAACUGGCUCAGUGGUUUGUCUGUCAUCAUGUACUGCAAAGACCUUAGUCCUACAGUGGUCAACCACUGUUUAAUCAGUGAUUACCACAGAGUCUCAACUGCCUGAUCUCACAUCACUGCUGUUGAAGUAGCAUCACUUGAAAGGUGACAUUUUUAGUUUUUUUUAGAGGAGAAAGACAAGAAAACAUUAUUUUAAAGAGAAAAACAAUGGGCAGCCUGUAAUCGCUUCCGAAUAGAAAUGAAACAAAAAAAGUAUCCGUGUGUUUUUAAUCAAGAGAUUUAUUACUCCAUAUGCCUGCCAAGACAGAGGAAUCUCCUCGGUACGUCCUGCUGUACGCCAUGACAUCUUUUCAAGCAGCUAAGAGACUUGGCUGAACCGCUCUGUCGUGUAGAGAAAACUCUUUGCUGCUGUAAAUAAUGCAAAGGGAGAUGCCAGUAUACUUGAGAGGUAACAAAAGGUUCUAUAAGUAUAUUUACAUUCAUAUUUACCUAAUUGUGUUUGCAUAAUGUUAUUUUAUGUCAUCUCAUUUUGUAUUUUACUUAAGAGAACCCAAAUUCACAAAGCUUUACACCAAAAGUACAAUUUGCAACUGUGUUAUUUCUGGGAAGCUGAAGUAAAAACACACGUCAAACAUUAAAAGCAGGCUUUUUGUUGGUAUAAAAACUUUGUGAAUGAGGGUUUGAGUUUUUUUAAUAAGUAAUACUCAUGUAUAAGAUAAAUGGUGAGUUUUGUUUUUAAUGUUGUAAUUUGUCCAAAAAAAAAGUCCAAAACUUGAGUACAGGGAUAGAGAGGAGAGUUGGCCUGUUUUGCUGGUGUAAUAGGUUUAACUUUACUGUAGCUAAAAUUAAAAGUACUUAAAAAUCAAAAGCUGAGAAGUGUAUAUGUCAAAUACAUCUGGUUCAUCUUUAAUUGGAUUAAAAACUCAGGUUCCACUGGAGUUGAUCAUUUGUAAAAACUCUCCAGCUCACUGUCCCAUUACUCAAGUGAAUGACUCUAAGAGCGUCUAAACCAAAUGUGUAAUGUUCAGUUUAUACAAUUUAUGGGCCCGAUGUUUUUUUAAAUACUCUUUUCCAAUACAACCUUGUUCUCCUCAGAUGUUUCCAGAGAGAUGCUUGCUCUGUAAGUGACCGUUAUAUUGUUUACAAAAUGAGUUUUGCUGAUAUUUAAUAAAAUUCUUGAUGCUGA